UUAAGUAGCCAACCCAAUAAAAAGGACACUUUUCAUAAAACCAUCCUUCAAAGCCUCAUCAAACUCAAUUUUGUCUCCAUCAUUCAAUUUCUCAUCAAAUACACGUAUAAAAAUAUCACCUAACUAACACCAAAAAAUAUUACAUGUAUAAAAAGGCUACAAUAACCAACUCAAACUCAACAUUCAAUAACAUAAAGUUUGUUCCUCAUUUUAAAUAUGAAGUGGAACAGAGGCCACGCUAUAGGCCAUGGCUCAACAUCAACCGUCAGCCUAGCCACCGUUAGCGGCGAAAUCUUUGCCGUCAAGUCAUCCGAGCUAUCGAGAUCAGAGCCUCUACAAAGAGAGGAGAAAAUUCUAUCUUCUCUAUGUUAUCCGAAUCCUCAUGUGGUUUCAUAUAAAGGGUGUGACAUUACCAAGGAUAAUGAGAAGUUCAUGUACAAUCUCUUCAUGGAGUACAUGCCGUUUGGCACGCUUAGCCAACACGGUGGCAUGCUCGACGAGCAAGCCAUCAUGUGCUAUACAAGGCAAGUUGUAAAGGGGUUAGAGCAUUUGCAUUCAAAAGGGUUGGUGCAUUGUGACAUCAAGGGUGCCAAUAUCAUGAUUGGUGAAGAUGGGGCUAAAAUUGGAGACUUUGGAUGUGCUAAAAGUGUAAAUGAAGCCGCGGCGCCAAUCCGCGGAACACCGGUGUUCAUGGCACCAGAAGUGGCACGUGGAGAAGAACAAGAGUUUUCUAGUGAUAUUUGGUCACUUGGUUGCACUAUAAUUGAAAUGGCAACUGGUUCUUCACCAUGGCCUAAUGUAGAUGACCCUAUUUCAACACUUUAUCAUAUAGCAUAUUCCAAUGAUGUUCCUCAAAUUCCAUGUUUUCUAUCAAAUCAAGCAAAAGACUUUUUAGGGAAAUGUUUAAGGAGGAAUCCAAAAGAGAGAUUUUCAGCUAGUCAACUUUUGAAGCAUCCAUUUCUUGGGGAAUUAUUAUGUUCUAAUGAUAAGCAAGUUUUGGAAUCUAAUUCAAUUUCACCAACUAGUAUUCUUGAUCAAUGCUUUUGGAGUUCUAUGGAAGAAUCACAAAGCCUUAGCUUUUGUAGUUUGAUUCACACAACAAGUUUUGAGAAUUCUUUGGUUGAUGAUAGGAUCAAAAGGUUAGCAGGGGAACCAUGUUUGGCAUGGUGGCAUGAUGAUCAUGAUGAUGAAAAUUGGAUCACAAUUAGAGGGAAGGAAGUUGAUGGUUUUUGCAAUUGUGGGUCAGAGAUAGGUUCAACUAGUGAUGAGUUGGUAAAAAGUAGUGUGAAAGAUAGGAUUAGUGGGCAUUUUUGUAAUGAUCACACUCAUAUUUGUAGGGUUUCUAGUUUUGUAGGUAGUAAUGUUAAUUUUCAGCCAGACAUUGUCAAGAUGCUACUUCCAUCAACAUUAGAUGUUUUAUAAUUCAAUAUUAAAUAUUCAAAAUUCUAUUUUUCAGCUCUUUUAUUUUA